GGCAAGAAUCAAGUUUUGGACAGGUGGGUCGACCUGAUUGGUUAUAUAGCUUUUAUAUAAGAUCCCAUGGCAAGAUUUGGAACAAAAAGUUAUGUUGUUUAAAAAGUGAGAUCACCAAAUCCUAGAAAGACAUUGUGAAUCGACUGUUGGAGGAUGUAUAUAUAUAUAUAGGGGUUGCUCUAGUUUCACUUGUAGUUGUGUCACACAAGUUGGAGACAAGAAAAUAAGUGAAUAUUGAAAGAAAAAAUGGUUGCAAUGAUGGGAUGGAGAAUGCAUGAACAAGAAUGGAGGAAAGGGCCUUGGACACCCAUGGAAGAUAACUUGCUUAUUGAGUAUGUUAGAAUGCAUGGAGAAGGAAGAUGGAGUUCGGUAGCUGAUUCCUCAGGUUUGAAAAGGAGUGGGAAGAGUUGUAGGUUAAGAUGGGUGAAUUACCUAAGGCCUGGUCUUAAAAAAGGUCAAUUAACACCUCAAGAAGAAGGCAUUAUUAUUGAACUUCAUGCGUUAUGGGGAAACAAGUGGUCUACCAUAGCGAGAUACUUGCCAGGAAGAACAGAUAACGAGAUAAAGAACUAUUGGAGAACUAAUUUCAAGAAGAAAGGAACCCCAUCACAAAAUCAAGAAAAGCAAAAACAUAAAGUUGCAUUUAGGCGUGAUCAGCAUCAUCAACAACAACAACAAAUUAUGAAUAAUAAUUAUGUGUUACCUCAGGUAGAAGAGAGUAACCAAAGGAUGAUCUUUGAAUCACCAGAAACGAAGAUUGAAGAUACUACUGUUAGUGAGCAACAUUAUAACCGGUCUGUGAUGGCUCAAGAUGUUGCAUCUUGGUGGGACACUGUCUCUGAGGAUGGUUUAUGGAGUGAGUUUUUGUGGAAUCAGGAUAACGACCAAUAUCCAAAUGAAUCUGUGAUUGAACAAUCAUUUAGCUCAUGUUUUUGAAUUUGGACUUAGAGAAGAAACUUUGAAUUAUAUCCCCUAAGUAUCACAUAUAGUUAGCGAUUUAAAUGUAAUGUCUUUUCUAGUAUAUAUCAUCGUAAGGCAAGGCAUUACCAGAAUAAAUGGUGCUUAACCACCAUUUUAGUCAGUUCCGAACUUUUACUUCUUGUAGGACUUUCAUCAAAACAGUGCGUGGGUAAUGCAGCUGAA